AUGUCUUUAGCUCAUGAUAUUGAUUUCUUUAUGUUUUUAGAUGCUCAGAGUUUAUCCCUUUCUUACGUCUCAUUUUUUCUUGGUCGAUUUUCUACAGACACUUAUAGUCACUUGUAUUUGCCUUCUCGAUUUAAUUAUCAUCCUAAAAAUAUUCGACAAGAAAUCGAGGAAAUUGUGAAGAACGUGAUGAAAUCUCCAGUUCAACUUCGAGAUAAAUGCAGUCAAUUAUCACCGGGAUUCUUAUAUUAUGACGAAUGUGAACAAGCUUGUGAUUCAGACCGAUUUUAUGGUGACUGCAUAAAAAUGUGCGAGCCUGGUGAUUCACCUAGUGGAUGGUCAUGUCUUACUGGUUGCCGAUUCUUAGAUGCAGCAUUGAAGAAACGAUCUGGUGAUUGUCCUGAACAGAUUGGGCUGGCGAUUCAUCGCAUACCAAGUUUAGUAUCUGUUAAAAAUGAUGUUCAGAAUUUUCCGUCACAUGAGUCUCGCGAUUCAUCACAGUUGGAUUUAGAUAAACACAUCUCCUUAACUGAAAGUAAUAGCGGUUUACGAACCAAUAUGCCAGAGAAUUCUUGGUUUGCUCAGCAUGGCAAAGAACUUAAUGAAAUAAACAGCUGUACAGUUGAUGGUGAGUGCCCACAAAAGCAAGAUAAAUGCUGCCAGUCACAAUGCAAACCAGCUGUAUUUAAUAAAGCAAUCCUGCCACCAAUUCCAACAAUAAGGAUUUUAGAAGAAAAACACCCACCAUCGUUUCUUGUUUCUUGGGAUAAUAAUGAAAUGGGUGUCAGUAAUCUUAGUCUGCCAACGGUGUACAUACUGCAAGUUAAAUCUUAUUUUGGUCCGGAAUAUGAUAGUCGUAUGUCAAGUCCCUGGAAAACAUUAGUUGUGGUGAGUGAAUGUUUUUUUACAGUUGAAUAUUUUUAA